CUCCAAUUCGUCCCUGCUGAUCCGUAGGUUCUUCAUUAUCUUGUAAACAGUUUCAGAGGUUACCAUUUUAACUUUAAUCCUCCGUGCGCCGGAUCGUGAACCGCGCAAGGGUGAGUGAGAUGCGACAUCUUCCCGCACAACUCGCGUUUGAGGAUCGUCGGAUCACCAGUUCGGCGCUUUGAACGAGCCUCCUUUUCCCCAGCGUCAAAUCCCACCCGAUACUGUCGCAAGUUUGGAUUAUUACACGAAUCAGAGCCCAUGCCCUAUUAUAAUUUCGCUGGUAGGUAUACCGAGUGAAAGUUGCAUCCGUUUGAGGUUUUGAUCUGCGUCUUUUAAAUAUCCCACAUCUCCCCCGUUCCAUGUCGCUAUUUCUCUUUUCAGCAGUUUCGUCUCGAUCUACAGUCUUUUUGUCUUUUAUUGUUUAGUAACGGAAUUGAUUUCUGUUUUAUUUUCUCUGUAUACAUUUUCUUUCGCAAUCCAAGCCUUUGCUUCAGCAUCUAUCACGCAAACAACAUAAACCCGAUCACCAUGCAUCCAUCCACUCUUCUCAUCGCGCUCCUUGCAGCAACAGCGACCGCCCUCCCCACCCUCGACGCCCGCGCAAACACAUCCGUCAACCCCGACUCCGUAACCUUCACAACCUGCACCGACCCUGGCGUUUCCAUCGACAGCCAUGACAUCAACGUCGCCAUCCUUUCCAUCUGCGGCACCAUCGCUGGCACAAUCCAGAAGUGCCAGGGCAGCCCGGCCUCAACCACCGGCGCAUCGGGGACGGCGGUGCUGAAACUGAAUGUCGUGAAUCAGGGGUCUACGAUCAAUGUGUCGAAGGGCAGGUGGGAGGCGUGCAUGAGGGCUGCAAGGGCGGUGUGUGGGAAUAGCCCGUUCAAGAGCGAGUGCGUUGGGGGAACGGCUGGGACAAGUGGUGGGAACAUUGCGUUUGAGUUGACAGCUGCGUAAGGGAAAUGGAUGGGCUGGAUAUUGUGGAUAUUAUGGGCGUACUGGAUACGCGGCACUUGGUAUAGG